AUGCCACCCCCAGCCCAGCACUCCCUCCCCCUAACCCUAAUAGUGGCCACGACCCCCGUCCGCCUGCCACCAACACCAUCCGCAUCCACAAAUGGCAAUGGCACAGCAUCCCAAACAGCCCGCCUCGGCAUCGGCCACAAAGGCACCCUCCCCUGGCCGCGCAUAAAAGCAGACAUGACCUUCUUCGCGCGUGUGACAUCGCGUCCGCCCGCGCCGGGAACCACCAACGCCAUCAUCAUGGGCCGCAAGACGUACGAUUCUGUCCCGGUGCAUCUGCGCCCGCUUGCGAAACGGAUUAAUGUCGUUAUCACCCGGGAUAAGUCUGGGGCUGUGGCGGAGGGGGUCAUGCGGGAGUUGGAGGUUAGGAGGGGGAAGAUUGCUGCCAAGGCUGCUGCUGCCUCUGGUGCUGCUGGAGUAGAGGCGUCUACGGGCCCAGAAGAUACGGAGGCGAAACCUGCGAAGAAACCAGAAGAACCAGUCACCGACGCAAUCGUCACGCGCAGUCUCGACGAUGCCCUCACCGAAUUACACAAACACUACGGAGCCAGCGGCCGCCUAGGCAAGAUCUAUGUAAUCGGCGGCGCCGAGAUCUAUGCGGCCGCGUUGGCAAGACCAUCGUCAUCAACCGCAGCAUCAACGGAACUAUCACGCAGACCGAUCAGGGUGGUUAUGACGAAUGUGGCCCGUAAACGCACUGCAGAUGAAGAAGGGAAGGAGACGGAGCCGCCGUCGGCGUUCGACUGCGAUACGUUCUUCCCUGUUGAUGAGCUGAGCGCGCAGAAUGGGUGGCGGAGUGUUUCGAAGGACGAGGUCUCGGAAUGGGUUGGGGAGGAGGUUAGUGGGGAAUGGAGGGAGGAUGGGGAGGUGGAGAUUCAGAUGGUUGGGUUUGAGAGGGUUUGA